UGCAAUGGAUCCUUCAACAAUAAUAGCCAUCCUCCUGGCUCUCCUCACAUGCCUUUGGUCAUUCAUCUCUGCCUUAUCAAAACCAAAACACCAAAAAUUACCACCCGGCCCCCGCCCGCUGCCGAUAAUAGGAAACCUUCACAAGCUAGGAAAGCUUCCCCAUCGUAGCCUCCAGCUCUUGGCCAAAGAAUACGGAGACAUCAUGUUCAUUCGUCUAGGCAAUGUUCCAGCCAUAGUUGUCUCCUCCCCAAAAGCCGCAGAGCUAUUCCUCAAAACUCAUGACACUAACUUCAUUAGCCGGCCCAAAAUGCAAGCCACGGAGUACAUGAGCUACGGCUCAAAGGGCAUGAUCCUUUCCCAGUACGGUUCCUACUGGCGCCAUAUGAGGAAGGUCUGCACGCUACAGCUCUUUUGUCCAGCAAAACUGGAGGCUUUCGCGCCAUUGCGGAAGGAGGAGCUGGGAGGGCUGGUGAGGAAGCUGAAGAAAGCUUCAGAGGAAGGUGGAGUUGUGAAUGUUAGUGAGCUGAUUGGCGCGAUGAACGAGAACAUAACCUAUAGGAUGUUGUUGGGCUGUACAACGGAUGAUAGGUUUGAUUUGAAAGUCAUUGUUGAGGAAAUGUUGUUAUUGAUAGGGGCUUUCAAUAUAGCUGAUUUUGUUCCUUCCCUGGCUGCAUUUGAUAUUCAGGGAUUGACUAAGCGCUUAAAGAUUAUCAGCAAGCAGAUCGAUCAACUCCUGGAGAAGAUAGUAGACGACCACGAACAAGUUGCCAGGACCAAGAAUGGGAAACAAGGUCGGCAUGAGGACUUUGUAGACGUAUUGCUCUCGUUAAUGAACCAACCGUUGAACCCCAAUGAUGAGCAAGUAGUCCAUCUUGAUCGAGCAAAUGUUAAAGCCAUCUUACUAGAAAUGAUCGCCGCGGCUUUUGAUACUUCAGCUACCGCAAUUAUUUGGACCCUUGCGGAGCUCUUAAGGCAUCCAAGGAUCAUGAAGAAUCUCCAAGAGGAGCUCCAAAAUGUGGUCGGUAUGAAUCGAAUGGUUGAAGAGUUUGAUUUGCCAAAGCUGGAUUACUUGAAUAUGGUGGUGAAAGAGAGCAUGAGACUACGCCCAGUUGCUCCGUUACUAGUCCCGCGUGAAUCCAUCAACGACAUAUCAAUCAACGGAUACCACAUACCCAAGAAGUCACGGAUCAUAGUAAACGUCUGGAGCAUCGGAAGAGAUCCUAUCGUUUGGUCGGAAAAUGCAGAGGAAUUUUAUCCAGAAAGGUUCGUGGACAACAACAUAGACCUAAGGGGACAUGAUUUUCAGCUCAUGCCAUUCGGGUCUGGCCGAAGAGGGUGUCCAGGUAUGCAGUUAGGCCUAACUACAGUUCGGCUAGUUCUGGCACAACUAGUGCACUGCUUUAACUGGGACCUCCCACAUGGCUUGCUACCUCAAGCCUUGGACAUGUCUGAGAAAUUCGGUUUGUCAACCUCAAAAGCCGAACACUUGCUUGCCAAGCCAACUUCCCGUCUUACGUAGCUUGUCCACCUAUCUAUCUAUCAUUCUAUCAAAGCAAUAUCUUUGCUUCAGAAUAAAUAAAUAUAACGC